AUGGCGCCAGCCAAGAAGGGCAAUAAUGCUUCGCAGCCCGUGUCUUCGUCGGGAGACACUGCUGCGCCAUUGGCCGACUACUUCUUCAUUUCUGGCAUCGAGUCGAGCCAAGUGUACGAAGAGCGGACGGUCACAGCGUCUACGUUACCGGCCGCUCCGGUAGAGGAUACUAUCGAUGAAGAGAAGCCUCUCGAGACGCACAACGAAUCCCGACCUAUCACACCAGGAUCGCCAACAGAGGCUGCGAAGAGGAGGUCGCGGUAUAGCUUCGAAGCAAGGAAAAGCAUAGGCAGCAUCAUCACAGCAGUCGACACCACGACACCGGCCAGUAACAGGAGUAGCACGACUAUCAAGGGCGUCACGAACAAUGGCGUUGCCGGACUUAGCGACGAUGCCUUUGAAGAAGCGCUUAAGAAGUUUGCUUCGGAAAGGGAUAGCUUUUUGGAGGACAUACAUGUCUCUGCUGGAGUCGUGCCCACACCGCCCCAGAAACGACAACGUCCACGGACAGUCAGGAUCACACAGGACGAGAGCACGCUGGCAAGUGCUGCGGGUGUGAAGAGUGGUGUUGGUAGUUUGCGCCGGAGACUAUCGACCAUGAACAGCAUGAAAAGACAUUCAGGAGCUGCAACUCGACAGGCCUCUGUGCGUACGACAAAGCGUAUGAGCGGAUACAACUCGGUCAUUCCUGCCCCGCAACCAUUCCAGACGAGUCCUCAGAUGCAUCCACUAAAGCGCCGCUACGAGCCUGUGCUUCUCGAUCGCUACCCUACUAAGACUAUGGCAGACGAGACGAAGCGGCGCAAUCCCUUCCCUGAUUACGUACCGAUGUUCGCAUUUCCGAAUGAUGUCUCGGUCGUAUCAUCAGACGAGCGACCUCGGUCGACAUGGCAUGGCUUUGCGAUGACGAACUCGGACAACAGCAAAUUGUAUGGCAUUUGUGUGACGAUCUGGGUACCAUUGAGUCAAUCGGCAUCCGAAGCUCUCGAGCAGCAUUGUGAAGAGUGGCGGCGAGCGAACAUGAGCAAUGAGGAACGGGAGCUUGCGAGCAGUCUUGGGGAGAGGUUGUCUGCAGAAAGGGCCAAGCUGAGUAGACUUCUCGCUGAGCUGCCCAGUGUAGAGUCGGGUUCGGCGGCAAGAGAGAACUUGGAGGAGCAGAUCAGUGCCGUGGAGGAGAAGAUAGGACUCAUGACUGAUCUGCUGCGACCCGUCAGACAUGCUGCAGCUUCGAAAAUCGAUGGCCUGACAGAAGGCGAUACUGGCUUCUGGAUUCCACGCGCGUAUGGUAUUCUUGGUCGCGACCACAGUCUCCUGAGCUUUUGGAAGGAGUGGCUGAGGGCGGUUGUGGUGCCCAUGACGAAUGGUGCCGUUCUGCGUGUGCCGGCCAGCUCGCCCAAAGUGGGCAUCUGGCAGCCUCUGGAGCGAUACGUCGUCAAUCUUUGCGUGGAGGCGCUAUCUCCCAUCACUUCACUAACACAAGUCGAAGUCGCCAUCCGAGAUCUGCGACUUUAUGCGCGAAAGGAGGCCAUCAACGAGCUGCCAGGAUCACGCAACACCGAUCUCUAUGCAUUGUUCAGGUGUCUCUCGAUACCAAAUAUCAUCACUUUGUUCGAGUAUACGCUUGCCGAAUCACGCAUUAUCUUCCUCUCGUCACAUACAUCAAUGCUCCAGCUAGCAACUUCGGCGCUCAUCAAUCUGCUAUAUCCACUAAAGUGGGCCGGUGUAUUGAUUCCCGUAUUGCCUGCUCGUCUGAUCCAGGCAUUGGAGGCGCCGUGUCCCUACAUUAUUGGUGUGGAAAGGAGGUACGAGAAGCUGGAAUUCCCAGAUGACGACUUCUGCAUGGUGGAUUUAGACGAAGAUGUUAUCGAGAGUACAGCACCGCCAACACAACUGCCUCGACCGCAAAGGAGAAAGUUGCAGUCACUACUGCAAGUAGCUGCACCACAUCACAAUCGUUUCGGUGUGCCUACUGGUCCCCCUCCUUAUGCGAUAGAGACUUUUCCGCGGGAUUCUUUCUCCUCUGAGAGCCCUCAGGUGUUCACGCCCAACGCUACACCACCAACAUUAGCUGCAUAUGUCAGUGAAAGCUCGACCACUUUUGGUGACGCGACGCGAACGUCUGGCGCACCCGGUAGGACCCCGAUCUUCAACGCCUUCUUGCAGGCACGAGAGAAUUCACAGGGUACCGACCGACCCUCGACGAGCUCUACAGGCAGUCAAUCCAGCCGACGAUCACCACCGUCGCCGACUGCUCCCUCACCCAUCUCCUCGAACUUUCCGCCUACACCAACAUCACGAAACGACUCCGGCUUCUCACUGCAGGCCACACUUCGUGAGAAGCGGUCAGGCCACCUAGCAGAUGGCCUCGCGCGGCGCAAUUCAGCAGUACAGUCACUCUUCAACGCACGAAAUGCACUACAUGAUAGGACUAACACACAGCAACAGUUUGAUCGCAUGAGCAUGAUCCGACGACCGAGCCAACCGGUUGCCAUAGGUCACCAUGCCACUCCGUCAACCUCGACUCUCAGUAACAGCAGCGGCAAUGGCACUUCCCAAUACGCGCCCAGUGUGUAUGCUCAGAGCACGUUAGCUGCUAGCACGGUCAUGCCGCAGAUGAUGGUCCAGCCUGUCCGCGACAACGAGAGUACGAAAUGGAUCGAGGGCCACUGUCUGCUUCGCCGGAAUAAGGACGGCAGAAAUAUCUGCACGAUCUGCGACGAUAGGUGCGAGGACGAGUCGUUCAGAUGUAGUGGCUGCGGCAUAGUAGUGCACUUCCGCUGCCUCGCCAGCGUCUGCGUCGUCUGCCCGACCGCCUUCCACGCCGACCAAGUCCGCGCCGCUUUCGUCCGCUGCUUCGCCUCCCUCUUCUACACCUACCGCAAGUUCCUCCACCCUGCGUCCGGCGACCGUCGCAAGGCAGGCAUGGUCUACCACUUCAACAUGGAGCAGUUCCUCCGCAGCGUCCCGCACGGCGAUAGCGAAUACAUGAACCUGCUCCGCCAAACCCAAUCCUUCAACGAAUUCAUCCACGAGCGCGAAGCCACUCGGGCGGAAGACCCGAGUAUCAAGCUCUUCGACGAGAUCAUCCUGUCCAAGCGAAACCGCGGCAAGCAAUCCUUCUUCUCCAAGUCCACCACCUCUUUCCUCUCGGAUACCUCCGAUCACUUGUGGCGAUCUGCUCUCGCUACUCCACCUACCAGUCGUCUGCCGGGUGACAGAUCAGCAGUCACCGGGCGCACGCCAGCGAAACUCGACCCGACCUUGAUGAAGGAGCCGAGGUCUAUCCAAGGCGCUCCUAGGAUCCAGCAGGCGAGGGCGAAGAGGAAGCCCGUGGCUAGUAUGCUUGGCUUGAGCUCGCAGACUGCCGAAGGGUCAUAG